AUGUCUCUUCCUAGUCGACGAGCCUCCGAGCACCGCAGAGGGUCCGGGCCAUCGUCCCGUCGAGCCUCCAUUGACCCCUCCAGGCUCAUUCCUAUGGACAGAGUCCACCAAGUCCCCGGGUCAGAUGAUUUCAACGUCGUUUUCAUCGGUGCAGGGAACAUCAUGUUUGGAUCCGACGAGGGGCCCUGGAAUCAUUCUUUCCGUUUUGAACACAAACUUGGCCCCCGCCUCAAAGUAGUCGCUCUCAUCGACCCAGCCAUUGAGCGUGCAACCUCUGUUCUCCAGAAAAAAUGCGAGACUUUCGUCAAGUCCGCAUACCAAGAUACCCGAGUCUUCAAAACCUUCGAAGACUUCGUCAGAAACAUGCAUCCUCGCGACCGCCCUCGUGCAAUUAUUGUUGGCAGUCCACCCAUGUUCCGCGGUUCCACUCAACCUGGACGCAAUAUAGAAAUGCAAAUUCUGCAGCAUUUCCCUGGUGUCGCGAUGUUCAUUGAGAAGCCUAUCGCUACUGGCCCUGAAGGCGAAAUCGAAGAGGCAUUCAAGAUUUCGAAAAUGAUUGAGGAUUCGAAGACCGUCUGCUCUGUCGGUUAUAUGCUUCGAUACUUGAAAGCAGUUCAAAUGAUGAAGAAAAUAAUUGACGAGAAUCAACUUACCGUCAUGAGCACUAUCGCACGCUAUGCGUGUGCGUAUGAGUCGAUCUCCAAACCUGACUGGUGGGACAAGUCCAAAAGUGCUGGCCCAAUUAUCGAACAGGGAACUCACUUCUGCGAUUUAUCUCGCUACUUUGGUGGCGAAGUCGAGAUAUCCUCAGUCCAGGCCCACUCUUUGGAAUGGGACGAAAACGCUGGGCAUCUGUCGAAGAUCAACAUCAACGAAAGCACGAUUGCCCCUGAGAAUCGGAUUCCGCGUGUCACGGCAGCUACUUGGAAAUACGAGAGCGGAGCUGUCGGCAGCUUCACUCACGUUGUCGCUCUCCAAGGAAAAAAUUACAGUUGCGAAUUCGAAGUGUAUGCAGACGGCUAUUCGCUAAAACUCGUCAACCCCUACGUGCAGCCCGUGCUUUACAUUCGCAAGCCAGGAGAUGACAAUGAGACGACAAUCCGAUUCGGAGACGACGAUCCAUUCUUCUCUGAGGUUUCUAACUUGAUUGAUAUCAUCGAGGAUAUUGAAGAGGACCCCGAGGCAGCCACAAUCUUGAGCUCCUACGAAGACGCUGUCAGGACGUAUGAAUUUACUUGGGCGAUCCGAAAGGCUACCGAGAAGUGCAGAGAAGAUAGGGUCAAAAAGGUAGCUGAAGCCGCAAAGGUUACUUGA